GAUGUAGCUCAGUAUGAAGGGCCUAGGUUCAGUCCCCAGUGCCACUAAAUGAAUAAACAAAUGCAGAAGCACUCCUUGGUGUGGAGGAAGUCCCAGCAGUGGAGACACCCGGUGAAACUGGUGCGGUGCGAUGGGGGCUGGGGCCAGAUGCAGGGGCUGUGGGUCCUGCCAGUCUUUUUCUCCUGCUUUUCAGCUUUCCGGUGGGCAGCAGUGCUAGCGCACCUACUCGUUCAUUCUGAAGGGUACCUAACCAACCCAAGAAGCCUCUGGGAAGACUACCCGCAUGUGUACCUCUCCUUCCAGGUGAAGUUUUUCUACCUGUGCCAGCUGGCCUACUGGCUGCAUGCACUUCCUGAGCUUUACUUCCAGAAGGUACGGAAGGAGGAGAUUCCCCGCCAGCUCCAGUACAUUUGCCUGUACCUGGCCCACAUAGCGGGAGCGUACCUCUUGAACCUCAGCCGCCUGGGCCUCGUCUUGCUGCUGCUGCAGUACUCCACCGAGUUCCUCUUCUACACGGCGCGCCUCUUCUACUUCGCGGACGAGAACAACGAGAAGCUGUUUAACGCCUGGGCUGCCGUGUUUGGGGUCACGCGCCUCUGCACCCUCACCCUGGCUGUGCUGGCCAUCGGCUUUGGACUGGCCCGCGUGGAAAACCAGGCCUUCGACCCCGAGAAAGGGAACUUCAACACCUUGCUCUGCAGGCUGCUCGUGCUGCUGCUGCUGUGUGCCGCCCAGGCCUGGCUCAUGUGGCGCUUCAUCCACUCGCAGCUGCGACACUGGCGGGAGUACUGGAACGAGCAGAACGCCAAGCGGAGAGUCCCAGCUGUCCCCAGGCUCCCGGCCAGGCUCACCAAGAGGGAAUCCGGUUACCAUGAAAAUGGAGUGGUGAAAGCAGAGAACGGAACCUCCCCACGGACUAAGAAACUCAAGUCUCCUUAAGGCCAAAGUGCUGGGAACAGGAAUCCUCUGCAGGGCCUGGGGGGGGCAGGAGCCCAGGCCCCACCCGCCGCCUCCUCCCUCCCGGAGCCUCUGUCUCCGUCCACAGGAGCCGCUCUUCAAAGGGGUUUUCUCUCUCUCACUUCCUGGCUUUCUCUUCUCCUUCUUCCGCGUACCUUUCUCAAUAAAGCCAAAAAUCUCCCUCUCGCUCCCGGAAGCAUCCUCAUGGCUUCUCCUCUGUGCUGUGUUGGGUUUUCCAGAAGCCCAGAUCCUUCUGCCGGUUCUGUUUCAGCUUGCCUCUUCCUUCUCUUCACUCAUGGCUGCUGCUUUUUCUUUUCUUCAUUUUUCCUUAACGUGCAAUUUUUCUGUGUCUGAUUUUUACAACGGGAGGGAGCUGAGACUGCAGUCCUGCCGGUGAGCCGCGGGAGCUGGCGGUCUGGAAGCCUCAUGCCAAGGAGCUUCGCCCGGGGCCGGCGGCUGGCCCCGCGCUAGUCCUUGUGCGGAGAGGCAGGAAGGGGAGAGCCGCCUCCUGGAUCACAACCUCCUUGGUGCUGAUGUUGCGGAGGUGUAUGGUUCCAGUCCCGCGCAAGCCCGCUGGAGAUGCGGCAGCUGCUGCCGGCUGGGGGUGAUGCUGAGGCCUCUGGCCCUGGCUCCUGGCAGCCCCGUCGGGAAGGACAGUGCUCGUUCCCUAGGUCUCACAGAACGGCCUUGGGCUGCAAGCGCCUGCCGUCGCCGUGGAGGUGCACGCUGGAGGAGGACGGCAAGAGCCAGGCACGCUAAGCAGCAGGGACUUCUGGAAACCUAACAGACACGACGGGAAGGACAGCACAGCCAGUCGAUGUAGGCCUUUCUCCACCAGGGCCAGCAGCCGUGGGUCUUCGACCGUUCACCAGCAUUCACAACCAAACCAAACCGCUGUCAGCAGAGCCUGCCCGGAUGUGCCGGUCUGAAGUCUAGAGCCAAGCAGCCCUGUCAGGGCCAACCUUCUGCCUGCACUCCACCUGUCCCGCAGCAGAGACGCCGAGCCGCAGGGGCUGUAGGCCGCUCCAGUCCCCAGGGUCCCAGAGCCGGUCCCCUGGCCACCUUCCCCGUGGCCUCACGUGCUGAGUGCUCUUCGGAGCCGUUGUCAUUUGCUCUUGUGUGUCAAGCACGCCCACAGCAUGGACCUAGGACCGACGCAGAGUUGCUUUCCGGUCGGAGGAGCAGACGUAGUCCUGUCAACGGGAGCUUUUGGUCCCGCCCACCGGUGUCUCUUCCUCCCCCCAGCCGGAGCCGGGGCUGCCGGUCCUUGUGGUGCUGUGUGAGGACUUCCAGAAGGGGAGGUGGGCUUUUAGAGGUCCCGAUGAAGGGCCCUGGAACUCUGUGCUGAGGGGAGGGGUGCACAGGGUGGCACAGGAACGUUAAGGUCACUUGGCAUGCAGCUGCGCUUGCUGAUACCAUCGCAGAGACCAGACCUUGGGUUUGUACCGAAAAAGGGGCAGAUGGAUCUUUUCCUCAAGAAAGCCCCACUCGAGGUCACGUGUGUUACAGAGUCAAACUUAGCAGUACCUGAGGGAUGUGUUUCCAGGCGCCCUUGUAGACGGUCACGUCUGCCCGAGAUAAACAGGUGGAAUGGGGAACAGUUGCCUUGGCUUCUGGUUACCCUUGGGCAGCAGGACAGUGUCUUUGAAAGUGGGCAUCUCCUGCUUCCCUCGCCUUGUGGGCGGUCAAGGGCAGCUUGGUGUGAACUCCGCAGAGCUGAGCCGGGCCUCUUAGCCACAUGCUCCCGGCCCUGCCCAGAGCUGCUUGUGGAGGUGCAGCGCAGCCGGCAGCCUCUGAGCCCACCCUCCUCCCCGGGAGCCUCGCCGCCCCCGCAAGGCCUAGGGGAGCCGCUGUCUCUGUGUGCUGUGUGGAGGGGCCCCGGGCGCGGCAGUCAGAGCAGCUGGCGUCUCGGGCCUGGCAGCCGCACUGUGCGCGGACAUCUCCAUCGCUCUGUCCCUGGGUACCAGAGGUGAGGCCUUCCUGCUCCCUAAGUCUCGUACAAGCAUCUGGUGCUGCCCGUCCGCUGUGCGCUGGGUGUGACAGCGCAGACCCGGGCCAGGGCGCCUUAGGGCCUGUACCCUGAGGGACAGAUACUUGCUCAGUGACAGGAGGUGGUAAAAUCUCUCCUAUGCUAAAAGGAAACUCUGAGGUCAUGAAUAAGGGUGGUAGCUCACCAGCUUGGGCUUCAGGGAUGUUUGGGGGCUUAGAGUGUGAUUACAGGAUCCUUUCUUACCCGUGCCUGUCUGCCUGGGACAUUUGUGUCCACAAAGCCAAGUCUGUCACGUUGGCACAAGCCAGGCUUUAAGUAACGCCGUUCCGCUUCAUCCUGUGAGCGUCUUGGCCUCGCUUGUACCAACUGGGGCACGCUGGCUGCUUGCUUCAUUUCUCUGUGGGCCCUCAUCUCCACAAAAGUGCCAAACCAAUCGGGAGGGCCGUCACACCCCUCCCCCUGAGGCCACCCAGGGCAGAAGAUGCUAAUCUACCUCAGCAGCCGCACGCCUGCCCCGCGGCGCCUCCCUGGCACACCUGUGUGGGGCGCCAGCAGGUGGCAGUGGUGGGAGAGCUCGGCCUUUGGUGGGAGGAGCGUUGCCUGGGCUGAGGCCCCUCCUGGGAGGUUCAGUGGCAGGAGAGUUAUUUUUACCAUCCAGGCUGCGGUACUGCACUGUUAAUAAUCCGUGUGUUCCUCUCCAAGGAAGGACGGCCGUCGGGGAGGGGAGCCGUCUCUCCCUGUGCCGUGGGUCCCGGCCCUGAGUGUUCUCGGGCCGCCAGACGUAAGUGGUUGCUGAGAGCUGGCCUACUCCUGUCCCCAGGCAGAACCUAGCAACUCCUAGGGAAGCACAUUAGAGACCUGUGCUCCGGCCGCCUUCAUCCGUGCUUGUCUUCACUGCAGUCUUGGGACUCUUGAGCGCUGGAUCCCGGUCCUCCCGGUUGUGGUCUGAGGUUUCCUUUUGGAACCUCCCUCAGCUCCCCUUGACCUUUUCUCUGAGGGGUAAAUAAGAAGUAGGAAGGCACUGCGGGACCUGUUCCACAGAUGCUCUUAUGAAAAGGCUUGGUGGCCCCUGCGGCUGGGGCAGGCCUUCGAGUUUACCCUCCGCGCCACAGCUUUCCCCGCGCAGGGAUUCCACGGCUGUCAGCAUUUCGUGCUCGGGGCUCUGUCCUCGCCCUCAGAAGUCCCCGUUCGCUUCGUAUCACAAGUGCCUUACAUCGCCGCGUGCCUUUAUCCGAAUUGUGUGGCCAGCUGCCAGCUCCGGGGCUUUCGGGCUCUUGGGCGCAUGCACGCAGACACUGUACCUCGGCCGUUAGUGCAGGGAAAGGACGCGGCCUGGCGGUGCCCCUCAGCUGCCCGCUGCCCGGGGCGGUGGGGUCUGGUAUGUUCCCCGCGUUGUUUCUGGUUUCUCCCGUGGUCAGCCUCCCCUGACCUGGCCGGGUGGCUGAGCAGCCUGCGGUGUAGCACAAGGCAGGGCCCUGCGCCUUGUACCGACUAGUGAAGUUCGGAGGCUUCAGCGCCCCCAGCCCUGUGUCUCUGGCCGCGCAGGGUCCCUCCCUCCCAGCUGCGUCCUCCUCCCACCUGGGCCGCUUUCCGUGCAGCCCGGAGGCCCUGCCGGAAGGUGCGGCCGGUACUCCCUGGUCCAGGCCCGCCUGCAGGCAGCCCGUUGGACAGUGGGCCUGGACCCCAGCCGCAGCCUGACCUCUGAGUUAGGUGGACUUGCGUGGCGGCGCCCUCCCCUGCCCCUCGCCUGCCUGCUCCUGUCCCCCGGGUUGUGCAAUAACUGCCCCUGCCGGUGGUCCGCAAGCCUUUCUGUCCCUUACAACACCGUGCGGGAGGGGAGGGGAACCCGCGGGAGGGGCUGUUAUUCCUUACAGAUGUGUCGGUCACCCUCCCUUCGUCACUGUCAUUUUCAUGAUCCUGGGAGAGUUUUAUGACACUCUUAGAAGUCCUUACAUUAAAAAAAAAGUCUUUUGGAAGGAAAAUCCAUCCUCAGGAUGGGACCCAAGUCAGUGUCUGGGACUGAGAUCUGUUUUGAUGCUGGGGGCACCACUGCCACUCUGCUUGGGAGCAUUCCACAGUCUCUCGUUCCUGUGGAGAAGACCCAGGUUUCGUGUGGGGGCCCGUCCACUCGCUGGGGCCUGGCUGUGGGGGUCCCCCAUCUGCCGGGUGGGCGCCAGUGUUCGCGUGAUGAGUCUGUAGACCUCACUUUCUAGUUCUCUGUUUAGUAAACACCUGAAGGAUAAGCUGAGGCUGCUGGUACCCAGAGCAACGCAUAAUGCAAAUGUGGACACAUUGUCUGUUUUUCUACGUUAGCCUCUUCCUGUUACGGACCAAAUUGCAACAAGGAACUCAAGGAACAUGUGUACCUGCCGUAUUUAUGCUUUCGUGUAACGGGGUUGGGGGGAGGGGUGUCUUUUUACUUCCGGUGAACUUUUUCAAAACCCUUUUUCCACUGUUUCUGUCUGGUUUUAAAGCAAAUCACAGUUUUGUAUGGAUUUUUUAAAUGUACAUUUUGAAAAAAAAUCAAAUAUUUUCUGAAAUAACUGAAUAAAAGGCAUAGAAUUAUCA